CAUUUAGUUUAGUCAUCGGAAAUUUCAUUGCGGGAGAGUUAGAAUAAAAAUUUACAUUUUUAGAUAAAUUUUGUUAAAGCCAAAAAUUUUAUAAAAAUUUAGUUUUUAAUUCUUUUAAGUUCUAUGAAAAAAUAUUUGCCAAAAUGGAUAGUAAAGGAAGGAAUGUCAUAGUUUGUGAUAAUGGGACUGGUUUUGUUAAAUGCGGUUAUGCCGGUAGCAAUUUUCCUGCACAUAUAUUUCCAUCAAUAGUUGGUCGUCCUAUAAUUAGAGCCGUAAAUAAAAUCGGUGAUAUUGAAGUUAAGGAUUUACAUGUUGAUGAUUUAAUGGUAGGAGAUGAAGCCUCACAAUUAAGAUCAUUAUUAGAAGUAUCAUAUCCAAUGGAAAAUGGUGUUGUAAGAAAUUGGGAAGAUAUGUGUCAUGUAUGGGAUUAUACAUUUGGUUCAUCAAAAAUGAAUAUUGAUCCAACAAAUACAAAAAUAUUGCUAACAGAACCUCCAAUGAAUCCAACAAAGAAUCGUGAAAAAAUGAUAGAGGUUAUGUUCGAAAAAUAUGGUUUCCAUUCAGCUUAUAUUGCAAUACAAGCUGUAUUAACUUUAUAUGCUCAAGGUUUAAUAUCUGGUGUAGUUAUUGAUUCUGGUGAUGGGGUUACACAUAUAUGUCCUGUUUAUGAAGAAUUUGCUUUACCUCAUUUGACUAGAAGAUUAGAUAUUGCUGGUAGAGAUAUCACUAGAUACUUAAUUAAAUUACUUUUAUUGCGUGGUUAUGCAUUUAAUCAUUCCGCUGAUUUUGAAACUGUUAGAAUGAUGAAAGAAAAAUUGUGUUAUAUCGGUUAUGAUAUAGAAAUGGAACAAAGACUGGCGUUAGAAACUACCGUAUUGGUGGAAUCAUAUACACUACCAGAUGGUCGUGUUAUAAAAGUUGGUGGAGAACGUUUUGAAGCCCCGGAAGCAUUAUUUCAACCGCAUCUAAUCAAUGUUGAAGGUCAAGGUAUAGCAGAAUUAGUAUUUAAUACAAUUCAAGCGGCCGAUAUUGAUAUGCGUCCAGAAUUAUAUAAACAUAUAGUAUUAUCUGGUGGCUCAACGAUGUAUCCUGGUCUUCCGAGUCGAUUGGAGCGUGAGAUUAAGCAAUUGUAUUUAGAAAGAGUUUUAAAGAAUGACAUCGAUAAAUUAUCGAAAUUCAAAAUACGUAUUGAAGAUCCACCAAGGCGGAAAGAUAUGGUAUUUAUUGGAGGUGCUGUAUUAGCUGAAUUGGCUAAAGAUAGUGAUGCAUUUUGGAUGUCAAAACAAGAAUAUCAAGAGCAAGGUUUAAAAGUUCUACAAAAAUUGACAAUGCGCACACAUUGAAACUGUUUUCAUUUUGUUUUUUAUUUUUUACUUUUUUAAUUUUCUGAUAAUCUUUUUUUUAGUGUAAACUAGAAAAAACUAUUAUUAAUUAAUUUUUUAAUUUUUUUUAUGUAUAUUUGUAUGAUUAUAACGUCUUAAAAUAAUUUAAUAUAAAACAAUAAUUGGAUGUAUAGAUGCAUUUUUAUAAUUACAAUAAAAAAAAAAAAAACAAAAAACUAAAAGUAAACUAUAAUGUAACUUAUGUAGCACUGUAAAGUUUUCCUUUUUUUUUUAAUUUUUCAUUGGUGUCUUCUAAAAGAAUGUUCAUAAUGAAAAAUCAAAUAAUGAGAAGAAAAUACUGGCUUUUUAAAGAAAUUUAAUGACUAAUACUUAGUAAUAAAAUAUUGAUAUGUUGGAAUAUUUCUUUCAAGAAUUUUUUUAUUCUUAUUUUGCCUUAUUAUUUUUUAAUUUAAAAUAAUUUAUGUAAGAAUAUUGUGUAGUAAGUUGUUGAGAGAAUAAUAUAAAUACAAAUAAUAGCGAAAAUAUUUUUCAAAUAAAUAUUAAGUAGUAAACUUUAUUGUAUUAAAAAAUUUUUCAUAAAAAAAAUUUCAUUUUAAAAAUUUUAAAACGAUUUUACACUUAAAGUUAUUACCUAGUAAAUAAGGUAUAU